AUGGGGAAUUGUUUCGGUUCUGUGAGGUCUUCUCCGAUCCCUGCCAGCAGCGGGACUUCCGGCCCAGGUACUGCGUGAGAUGAGAUGAGAUGAGAGAGAGAUGAUCUCGAUCUCUGUAUUUUCUCUCUGAUUCGUUGCCGCUCCGUUGAUCUCCACUUUUCUUGUUCUCUGCUGCGAUUCAGUCGUCUCUGGUUCAUGCCGUUCCCUAAUCGAAUUGUGAGCACCACUGGGUGUGAGAGAGGGAGAGAGAGAGAGAGAGAGAGAGAGAGAGAGAGAGAGGGGGAGAGAGAGAGCUGCGAUUCAGUCGUCUCUGGUUCAUGCCGUUCCCUAAUCGAAUUGUGAGCACCACUGGGUGUGAGAGAGAGAGAGGGAGACAGAGAGAGAGAGAGAGAGAGAGAGAGAGAGGGGGAGAGAGAGAGAGAGAUUCGUUUCCUCCCUUGAUUCACUCUACUGGAGGUUCUUCCCCUGACUGAGGAGCGAGAAAGGACCUCAUCUGGUUUUUUGUUUUGCUAAUACUCGAGGGAUCUCUUCAUGGAAGGGAUUUCCGAGGACUGCGUCCUUCCCUGACCUCGUCUUCUUCUUCUUCCUUCAUCUCUCCAGUGUCAGACAACCUCAAAUCGAAUAGCGGCAGCACCACCACAAACACGACGAACAGCGAGUCCAAAUUUUCGGCCGCUUGCAGCAGCAAUGGACAGUAUUCCACCUCCAGCCAGAGCACCGAGGAAAUAGAAGCCAACGGACGCAUCCUGGAGGCCCCCAAUCUCCGGAUCUUCACCUUCGCAGAGCUGAGGAGCGCCACGAAGAACUUCAAGCCGGAUAGCUUCCUCGGAGAAGGGGGAUUCGGGAGGGUGUACAAGGGCUGGGUCGACGAGAAGACUCUGAAUCCGACGAAGAGCGGCUGCGGGGUGGUGGUUGCCGUCAAGAAACUGAACUCAGACAGCAUGCAGGGGCUGAAUGAAUGGCAGGUACCGAUCGGUUUCCAGUUCUCAAGAGCAAUUUUUCAGUCUUCGUUCUGAAUUUUCCACACUGAAAAUAUCUUCCAUAGAUUCGAUUCAAACCAUUUUAAGGGGAUCAUCUGCUCUUAUCCUACGAAUUUGUCUGGAUCGUUCUCCAAAUCGAUAUCAGACAGAGUCUUCUGAUCCCCUUUUGUCAUGGAAAAAAAAUAGUCUCCGCGGGGAAGCCUUCCAUUAAUGAACUCCCUCCGUCUUCCGGUCCGAAUGCCUGAUCCAGAGACCAUCCGCCAUUCAAAGCCGGUCAAGGUCUCCACUGACGUGCCCCCCCCUCUCUCUCUCCGUCCUCGCAGUCAGAGAUCAACUUUCUGGGUAGGCUCUCCCACCCCAACCUGGUGCGGCUGCUGGGAUACUGCUGGGAAGACAGGGAGCUCCUCCUGGUCUACGAGUUCAUGUCCAAGGGCAGCCUGGAAAACCACCUCUUCAGAAGUAAGCUCCCUGAUCCUUCUCUCAGCUGAUAAAUUCAGAUGUCAACGGCGGAUAGAGCUGAUGCCCAGUUCUUGAUGGAAUCAGAGGGAGUUUACCAGCCCCUGUCAUGGAGCCUACGCCUGCAGAUCCUCAUAGACGCCGCCCGGGGGCUCACCUUCCUUCACAGCUCGGAGAAGCAGGUCAUCUACAGAGACUUCAAGGCCUCCAACAUCCUCCUCGACUCGGUAAGCGAACAAAACCCACAACUCCCCGUGCUUCGCUCUGCCAUGGCUGGCACUGAUCGGCGGCCAUUCUUUCUCCGCGGGGAGCAGAAUUUCAACGCGAAGAUCUCAGACUUUGGGCUGGCGAAGAACGGGCCGGCGGGGGGAGAAUCGCAUGUGACGACGAGGGUGCUGGGGACGUACGGCUACGCGGCGCCGGAGUACAUGGCGACGGGGCAUCUGUACGUGAAGAGCGACGUCUACGGGUUCGGCGUGGUGCUGCUGGAGAUGAUGACCGGGCAGCGGGCGCUGGACACGAACAGACCGAGCGGGCAGCACAACCUGGUGGACUGGGCGAGGCCAUUCCUCUCCGACCGGCGCAAGCUCGUGCGGAUAAUGGACUCUCGAAUGGAGGGCCAAUACCCUUCUAAGGCGGCGUACCAGGCGGCGCAACUCUCGCUCCGCUGCCUCGCCGGCGACCCCAAGAAGCGCCCCAGCAUGCAGGAGGUGGCGGAGGAGCUGGAAAAGAUCGCCACACUCAGGGGGAAGACGAAGGACGUCAACGCCCCCCCGGCGGCGGAGCGCCACCACAACGUACGGCCCACCGCCACCCCCCAACGCCACCACAACCAACACCACCAUCAGCAUCAGCAUCACCAACGCCGCCCCUCUCCCAUCCAUCCCCACCAGGUCGCCUACUGA